AUGACAUCCAUUUCCUAUAAGUUUUCAGCAGUCGAUACUNNGGUUAGAAUCUGCCACGCCGUCCCCUCCUCGAGCGAACCAAUGUCCGCCCAAACUCAAACAGAUUUGCUUCCGUCCAGUUCGCUUUCUUGUGCUCAGUACACAUGGUCAAAUCCAUUGCUUCCAUUACCCCAUCCGGCCUUUCUUUGUCCGCCCUGUUUACCCGGGAAUCCGUACGGGUCACCCAGUGCCCAACUGUCCAUCCAAGACGAGGAGGAAUGCGGCGCUGCACACGAGCAACUUGUAUCCGGAUCGAAGAAACCCCGUCUGUCGGCUCCGUCCAGUUUAUAUUCAGGACAGAGUCGAAUUCCGUAUGCGAUCCAAGAUAUGCUCGGAUCGAAUGACCUGCCAAANCCAAAUUCGUUGGAAGAUAAGCGGGAUCAGCUGACUGUCGGCAUCGAUCGUGAUUCGGCUUUGCCCAAAAAGUUUGCCACCCGAGAAAGCACAAGUUAUCUGCGUGCGUGGCUACAGCAACAUCAACUGAAUCCGUAUCCGACGAAAGGAGAGAAAAUUAUGCUCGCUUUGGUCACCCGAAUGAAUUUGACUCAGAUCUCUACUUGGUUUGCUAAUGCGCGACGGCGUCUAAAAAAGGAGAAUCAAAUGACAUGGUGUCCACGAAUUCGACAACAUCUCAGCGGGACGCGGGAGUCACGUAGAGAGAAGUCGUCCGCGGUCGUCGUCGAAGUUGACUCAAACCACAACAACGAUCGUUUGGCGAUCAAUUCAGAAGGGGACUUGUCAGACCAAGGGACUGCGGAUAGAAUGGUACAACUUUUCAACACUCAACUGUUUUCCCACUUGGUGACCAAUCCGGAAAGAGGAUCACAUAUUGGCAAACAAUUCGCUGUUCUGGACAUGCGGUAUCUUGUUUCUCGACUCGAGCAUUGCACAUGGAAGAAAGAUCACUGA